AUGGAACAAUUGAAAUCUGCAUUAAAAACAACAACAUCAAUAAUAUCUGAUGGCAUUUCGGAUAUUAAAGAGAGUGUUGUUGGUAGUGAUGAUAAAAAAGCAGCAGCAAUGAAAAAUGUUUCUCUCAAACAAAAAUCAAAACAAAUUAGUAUUCGUGGUUUGCCAAUGUUGGAAAAUGUACAAGCAGUGAAAAAAACAUUUAAUCGUCAUUUACAUUUUACUGUAGUCAAAGAUCGUGAUGUAGCCACUGACCGUGAUUAUUAUAAUUCGUUGGCUUAUACCGUUCGUGAUCAUCUGGUUGGCCGUUGGAUUCGAACACAUCAACAUCAUUUCGAAUGUGAUGUAAAACGAAUAUAUUAUUUAUCAAUGGAAUUUUACAUGGGUCGUACACUUUCGAAUACAAUGAUUAAUCUUGGAAUCGAAAAUGACAUUGAUGAAGCUUUGUAUGAAUUGGGUUUAAAUAUUGAAGAAUUGGAAGAACUGGAAGACGAUGCGGCAUUAGGCAAUGGUGGUCUGGGUCGUUUAGCUGCAUGUUUCUUGGAUUCAAUGGCUACGCUUGGUCUCGCAAGUUAUGGUUAUGGCCUCAGAUAUGAUUACGGUAUUUUUACACAAAAAAUCAAAGAUGGUUUUCAAGAAGAAUAUCCCGAUGAUUGGUUACGAUACGGAAAUCCUUGGGAAAUUGCACGACCUGAAUUUCUUCUGGCAGUAAAUUUCCAUGGAAAAGUUGUCGAAGAAAAUGGGAAGAAAAAAUGGAUUGAUACAGACGUAAUUCAUGCAAUGCCAUUUGAUACACCGAUUCCUGGAUACAAUAAUAAUAUUGUCAAUACGUUACGUUUAUGGAGUGCAAAAGCACCAGGCAAAUUCAAUUUUCAAUUAUUUAAUUCGGGUGAUUAUAUCAAAGCUGUAGCUGAACAAAGUUUAACCGAAAAUAUAACACGCGUUUUAUAUCCGAAUGAUAACUUUACUGAAGGAAAAAUUCUUCGUCUAAAACAAGAGUAUUUUCUAGUAUCGGCUAGUUUACAAGACAUAAUGAGAAGAUACAAACACUCAAAAUCGUUUAAAUCAGGCAAAAAGAUCGAUUUUAGCCUAUUUGCCGAAAAAGCUGCUAUACAACUAAACGAUACUCAUCCAGCAUUAUCCGUAGCUGAAUUAAUGCGUUUAUUAAUCGAUGAAGAAGGUUUACAAUGGGAUGAAGCAUUUAAUAUCACAAAUAAAUCAAUUGCUUAUACAAAUCAUACAUUAUUACCAGAAGCUUUGGAACGCUGGCCAAUUGACAUAUUUGAAACAUUGUUACCAAGACAUUUACAAAUAAUAACGGAGAUUAAUUUACAUCAUCUAGCUAAUGUACGACGAAAAUGGCCCAAUGAUGAAGAAAGGGUCAAACGAAUGUCGAUAGUUGAAGAUGAACAUAAAGUAGUCAACAUGGGAUAUUUAUCAAUCGUCGGAUCUCAUGUUGUGAACGGAGUAGCACAAUUACACAGUGACCUGUUAAAAGCAACAUUAUUUAAAGAUUUUUAUGAGUUAUCACCAGAAAAAUUUCAAAAUAAAACCAAUGGAAUUACUCCUCGUCGAUGGAUUUUAUUGUGUAAUCCCGAUUUGUCAGAUAAAAUUGGUGAAAACUGGAUAACAAAUUUAGAUGGUUUGAAACAAUUACGUGAACAUAUCAACAAUGAAGCAUUUGUGCGUGAUAUUCAUCGUGUCAAAUUAGAAAAUAAACAACGAUUGGCUGAAUUAUUCAAAAAAGAUUAUGGUGUUCAAGUAAAUCCAGCUUCAUUAUUUGACGUACAAGUGAAACGUAUUCAUGAAUAUAAACGUCAAUUAUUAAAUUGUUUACACGUUAUUACAUUGUAUAAUCGCAUUAAAGAUGAUCCAACUGCUCCAGUAGUUCCUAGAACAAUUAUUAUUGGUGGUAAAGCAGCACCUGGGUAUAUGAUUGCUAAAAAAAUAAUCAAAUUGAUUAAUAGUGUUGGACGGUUGAUUAACAAUGAUCCAGUUAUUGGUGAUCGAUUAAAAGUUAUCUUUCUAGAAAACUAUCGUGUUAGUUUAGCGGAAAAAAUUAUGCCAGCUGCUGAUUUAUCUGAACAAAUUAGUCUUGCUGGUUUGGAAGCAUCGGGUACAGGUAAUAUGAAAUUUAUGUUAAACGGAGCAAUGACAAUCGGAACUCUUGAUGGCGCUAAUGUUGAAAUGGAUGAAGAAGUUGGUAGAGAAAAUAUUUUUAUUUUUGGUAUGACUGUCGAUGAAGUUGAUGCACUUCGUGCAAAAGGUUACAAUUCACAAGAAUAUUAUGAACGAAUACCCGAAUUGAAAAAAGCCAUUGAUCAAAUACGUGAUGGUAUAUUUUCACCCGAAGAUCCAGAAUUAUUUUCAGAUAUUGUUAAAUGUUUAUUAGAAUGGAAAGAUCAUUAUAUGCUGUUAGCCGAUUUUGAGAGUUAUGUAAAAGCACAAAAACGUGUCGAUGACCUAUUUAAAAAUCAAACGGAAUGGACAAAGAAAUGUAUUUUAAAUAUAGCUGCAUCCGGAAAAUUUUCCAGUGACAGAACAAUCUCUCAAUACGCUCGCGAAAUCUGGGGUGUCGAACCAAAUACAGCUCAUAAAUUACCAGCACCUCAUGAAGGAAGACCGGGCGCACCCUUCGAAGGCGAAGCUAUUGACAAAGAUAGUGACCAAAUUAAACGACAAGAUUAUUAA